AUGCUCGUCAAGCGUUUGCUCGUUUUUCUCGCCCAGCAACUCGUCUCUACCUGGGCGCUGAAGUGUUUAACAGGCCAUCCAACAGCGCCAAAUGUUUGCCAAUCACUUUCCUACUGUAUGACAGUGCGCUCGAAUCGGGGAACCGUGCAAAAAUCCUGCGAUGGAAAUGGCCAGAAUCAAGUCUCACUGUGCUCGCUGAACACCCAACUCCGACGCUCGCAAGCCGUCCCAUCCGACUUUGCCACGUAUUCAGGCCGCUCCUCUUCCUCCUCUUCCUCCUCCUUGUCCUCCUCUUCCUCCUCCCGCUACUCCCCGGCCGCCUCGCAACAAAUGUGCUACAAUGCCGGCGAUUUCGGCGAAAUCUGUUGCUGUCAAUGGGAUUACUGUAAUGGAAAUGGACGAAAUAACUUCUUGAUAGCUUUGUCGAUUCUAUUUUUCAUUCUCAUAUACAGUAAUCUG